CGGCACUUUCUUCCCCAGGCGAGAGAAGGGACGGUGUGCCAAAGUUGCAGCCGCCGUUGCUGUUGCUGUGCGAGGAAGCGGAGGUGAAGCAGCGCCUGCGAAAGAGGUCACUAUGCCCAAAGUUACCUUUAAGGAGGCGAGGGACAUCGGAGAGCAGUUCCUGCAGUUCCUGCAGGAUUCUGGCAAGCUGAAAGUGAGCAACAGGCAUGCCUUGAAGGCUAUCUACAACUGCGAGUUCCGGAACCGAGAUAAUAUAAAAAGACCCAACUUCUCCAAUGUGCUCUAUGCGCUGGUGAUGACAAACCAUGCUAUAAUCUGCGGGGAUUACGUGCAGUUUGUUCAGGUGAAGAAGAAACUAAAGCUUAUCGAUCAGUACUGGAAACCAAAACAUAAUGCUGGAGCUGGAGAUCACCCUGCCAAAGAUAAAAGCACAUUUACUGAUCCAAUUCCUCCUGAACCACGUGUUAAGGCCAGAUCAAAAUUUGUCUCCAAUAAGAAUGGGGUUAAAAUUAUUUCAGACCAUGAUAAGCCAAGUGGUAGAAUCCGAUUCAACAUUUCUCCAAAGCAACAUGUGACAAUUAAAAUUAAAGUGGUGAACUGUGGUACAAAUGAAGUGAUGCUGGAAAGGUAUACACUGAACAAACGUUAUGAAUUCAACUUUGUGGUUUCUAAACUACCUUUGCCUCUGGAACUACUACCAGGGUCUGAGUAUCCAAUCUCAAUCACGUGUCAGGCACCAGGCUAUGGCUUCUUCAGUGUUACCAUGAAGUUUGAUUUCACCAGUGAACAGACUGAGAAAUUCAACAUUGGACGUUUUGUGCAAGCUGUUGCCAGGUCCAAGUUAGAAGAACAGCUUGAUCCCUCAGAACCUUACCAGCCUUAUCAAGUCAAACUGCACAAACCACAAUCUGUAGCUAUAGAGGAUGGCUUUCCACCAGACAGCACAUUGCGCUUCGAACUGGAGCAAAAACCUUUGGGUCAGUACAAAUACCCAAAUGAUAUGAAGGAUCUGAUUCCGUGCCUGAAUGAAGGUGAUGGUACCAGUGACAAGGUUGCCCAGCUAAAGAGCAGUCUGGAAGCCACCCUGCAAUUUGACAACUAUUCUAAGAAGUUUUGUCUGCUUCUUCACUUGGAAGAGGUCCAAAUGGAGGUGGACAUCCAUCGAUAUGAUAUGAACAAUGUUAGCAUGUCUAUAGACAAGCACAAUAAGAAACUCCUUGUUCUGAAGGUGCCUGGUGUGGCAGAGAACCGGCCUUCUGUGUUGAAAGGUGACCAUCUCUUUGUGAGCUUGGUUGAAGGGCACGUGAAAUACCCAGGUCCCCUCUAUAAAGGUUAUGUUCAUGCGGUGGAGUUGGAGCGAGUCAAGCUGGGGUUUUCUGAAAAACUACGAGAUAAGUUUGUUGAUAACAUGAAGUUUGAUGUGACAUUUACCUUCAGUCGUCUGCCGUUACGCAUUCAGCAUCGGGCUGCUAUUCUUGCCCAGGAGAGUCAACUGUCCCAUCUGCUCUUCCCAUCCUUCUCUCAUGAGAAAUCCCUCCUGUCUGCCCAUCACAAACUCUGCCCAUAUGAUUCCUGCCUGGAGAAGAAUGAGGAGCAGAUGAAAGCUAUCUAUCAGGUGGUGGCAGGGAUUUCCAGACCAGCCCCAUAUCUUAUAUUUGGGCCUCCAGGUACUGGCAAGACAGUCACUGUAGUGGAAGCCAUCAAACAGGUGCUGAAGUGCAUUAAGGGUGCCCAUGUGCUUGCUUGUGCUCCUUCCAACAGUGCCUCAGACCUUCUCUGCCAGCGCCUCAUGACACAUUUGGAUAAAAGGAGCAUCUACAGGAUGAAUGCGAGCAGCAGGGAUUACCGUACAGUCCCUGAGGAGAUUAAGCCUGUCUGUAACUGGGAUGAGGCACAGAAUUGCCCUAUAUUUCCAAGCAAGGAGAAACUGCAAAGGUACCAGGUCAUCAUCACCACCCUGACGACAGCUGGAAGAUUGGUUGCAGCUGAUUUCCCUCAGGGACAUUUUUCUCAUGUCUUUAUUGAUGAGAGUGGCCAUGCUGUGGAACCAGAGUGCCUGAUUGCCAUUUCAGGUAUUCUUGCCAUGAUGGACCCAGAGACAAAUGUCAGUGGAGGUCAGCUGGUUUUGGCAGGGGAUCCUCAGCAGCUGGGACCAAUUUUGAGGUCUCCUCUGGCUGUUAAGUAUGGUUUGGAGCUUUCUUUGCUGGAGCGGCUGAUGCGGGACAACUCAUUGUACCAAAAGAGGAAUGGGACCUACAACCCAAAAUUUGUCACUAUGCUGCUGCGCAAUUACAGGUCUCAUGCUGCCAUCCUCGAAUUCCCCAAUGAAAAAUUCUAUGAUAAAAAGCUCCAGGUGUGUGCUGACAGCUUAAUUACUGAUUCCUACUGCGAUUGGGAAGAAUUGGUUGCUAAGGGAUUUCCCAUCAUCUUCCAUGAGGUCUGUGGGGAAGACCAGCGGGAAGAGAAGAGCCCUUCGUUUUUUAAUACUGCUGAGAUUAGCGUGCUGAUCUAUUAUCUCAAGAAACUUCUGGAAAAGGGCAAGAGAGGACAUCCCAAAAUUGCUCCCAAAGACAUUGGUGUCAUCUCCCCAUACAGGAAGCAGGUAGAGAAGAUAAGACAGGCCAUAAAUUUGAAAUUAAAGUCCAUGAUGAAUAUCAAGGAGCUAAAGGUGGGCUCUGUAGAGGAAUUCCAGGGCCAGGAGCGGCGUGUGGUGCUCAUUUCAACGGUACGCAGCAACAGCAAUUACUUUGGAAUAGAUGAAGAGUUCAACCUUGGUUUCCUCAAUAAUCCCAAGCGCCUGAAUGUGUCCAUUACAAGAGCUAAGGCACUCUUGAUUAUUGUAGGAAAUCCAGUUACGCUAAGCAAGGAUCCAUACUGGAAUGAGUUUCUGGCAUACUGCAAGUGCCACAAAGCUUGGCGAGGAUACCAACACAGUGGAGUUGAGGAUGACAUGCUCGUACCAGCGUUCUGUUCUCUGAACUUAGAUGCUGAGCCAACUGAUAACAGCUUACAAGAGAGUUACCUCCAGCAGCAAGUGGAGCCAGAAUGGAGACAUGAGCAUUGAGACUAGUAUUGUCCUAAACAUGAUCCUGGUGAACUCUGCAUUCUUGAACAUUUCUGUAGGAUUGACAGAGCAGAUGACUAGCCAAAAUCUGUUUGAUCUCCAUACCUGCUAUUUCUCAGGAAAAAUUCACAAAAUUCCCUGCUUAGACAACUAAUAAUGCAAUAGAAAUUCACUGUGCAGUUACUAAUAAUGAUCUAAUUAAGCAUAUAUUCAUUUUACUCUUAAGUUCUUGUGUGUGCACAUUUGUAAUGCUGAGAACAAGUGCAUGUGUACGCAUGUAGUGUAGAGUUGAGGAAUGGUAAUUGAAAUAUGUUUGAUAUUUCAGAGAAUGAUUAGAUUUCAGUAUCAAGAUAAUGGUAGAUUAUGAAGAACUUUAGGGAGGGGGUAGGAUGUGGGAAAGAGGAGAAACUCGUCAAAACCUUGUUAUUUUCAAGUCUAUCAGAUUUUAUCACCUACUGCAUUUUUGUACUAAAUUUAUUAAAGUUUACAAGAAUUAA